AUGAAGGUUCUCGUUGAACAAAUCAUCAAUUUGGAAUUAAGGCUUGCUUCAACUAUUUCCCUGUUUCCCAGCUUUGUCUUGACAAUAUGUUCUUACUCUUGCCGCCUAACAUCAUGUGCGUGUUCUCAAAACGCCAUUCCCUCAUUUCCCAACUCAUAUAUAAUGUACGGAUGUGCUAUUAUUCAUAAAAUUGGGAAAGUGGCGGAUCGGGGAAUCGUCGAAAUCACAUCACCGCGUCCAUCGUUGAUGACAAUCUCUAAUGAUCAACUUUUACCCAAAUUAGUCAGGGUCGGGUCGGGAAUUAAAAAAUCUCGUAAAAGGAUGGAUGCGCGAAUCUCGAGCAAGGGUUUACCGAGUGAAUAUAAGUUAUUUGUUAAACCUUCCCAAGGCAGUGGACAUGAGUAUGAGGCAUCACACUGCACCGGAAAGAAGAAGGCAUUGUUGAUUGGAAUUAACUACGUGGGAACGGAAUUUGAGUUGAAAGGAUGUUUCAAUGAUGUUUACAGGAUCAAAAAAUUCCUGACUGAGCACUACGGUUUCAAUGAAUCCAACAUAGUCACGUUGAUGGACGAUGGUCGAAAGGAUCCUGAUACAAUUCCUACCCGAGAAAAUAUUACCAGGCACAUUAAAAAGUUGAUGGAGAAUCCUCAGAAACAUGAUUCUGGUCAUGGUGGUCAAUUGGUGGAUGAGGAUGGUGAUGAAGAAGACGGUUUCGACGAAACCAUUCUACCCCUGGAUUGGAAAGUUAAUGGACAUAUUAUUGAUGACGAAUUACACAAGCUGUUGGUGGAUCCUCUUCCUUCUGGUGUUCGCCUGACUGUGGUAUUCGACUCUUGUCACUCUGGUACUGUGCUUGAUCUGCCAUAUAUCUAUUCUACCCGUGGUACGAUCAAAAGACCUACAGUAAUAGCGAAAGGUUUACAUGCAGCCCUUAACGCCGGAGCAAAAUACUUACAGGGCGAUACCCAGGGCAUUAAGGAUUCCAUGAAAUCAUUGGUCACCGGAGCUUUCUCAGGACAGAAGAUUCGUAGGAAGGCUUUGGAAACGAAAUCAAGUCCGGCGGAUGUCGUUAUGUUUAGCGGUUGUAAAGAUGAACAGACUUCGGCUGAUGCAAACGAGGGUGGGGCAUCUAGCGGUGCAAUGUCAUAUGCAUUAGUUCAUUCGCUAGAAAAAAAUGAUCAUCCAACAUACCGAGAUUUGUUGAACGCCAUUCGAGACAUACUUCAUUCGAAAUAUGUUCAGAGACCUCAACUUAGCGCGUAA